CCGCACUGCAAAAGCAUGCAGACCGUGUGCCAAGUCGAAGCAACGCUGCGAUGGGGACAGCCCGUGCCAGCGGUGCAGGCAGAAAGGUGUGUUUCGCGCUUGCCAGUACGGAAGAAUUCGUCCAAAUUUAGGCGUUUGCGAUGUCUACGUUGCAUCCGGCGCGCAUCGGGCGCGCGAUUAAAAUCAUCGCUUUCGCAAGUGUGGCGCAUUGGAUGGCACUUACAGCGCUCCGCGGCCUGGGCAUUUUCUGACUGCAUCAUAGGGAUGGAUUGCAGUCGAAGGUCGACAUCUGCUGUCCCAGAGACGAACAGUCUUGAGGCAGCUCUGCCCGGCAUCACAGCACAUAGCAGUGAACGAGACGAUCCAAUCGAGCCUGUGUCGCAAAGAAACCGCAUGCAGGAAGAACGAGCAAGUCCGAGGAUGCGCACCAAGACCGAGCCUGUCGAAACUGGGAACAGUACCUGGUUCAACAACGAUCACGAUCGGUUCGUGGAAGCCAGAAGAGAAGCACGGAGAGCAUCGAUCGCGGAAGUCUAUGCUGCUGUCAAUGCACAUCGUGCCCCUGGUUCCUCAAUAUAUCCUUCAAUCGAGGCCAACGACCAGUCAGACUUGCAAGCCACAUCGACUUCACACAGCCACAGGCUGAGUUCUGCUCAUGCGAAUCCACCAUCAGUGAAUUCAUCCCGACGAGCUUCGCUUCAGCUUCAUGUGCCACCACACAGUGAUGCCGACAUUAUCGCGGCCGAGGAUUUUGGACACGUCCCACGGUUGCCGGCAGCCACCUAUAGCAGGAUCGCGGCCUUUUACGAGGAGCAGCGAGUACGAUCUCCGGCUCAUGCAGCUUUACCCAGCAUCGAUGCCCUGAAUGCGUUUGUUCAGUUGUACUUCGAAUAUCAUCAUGCGAAACUGCCUCUGCUCCACAAAGCCACCUUCACGCCUUCCGAGGAUCAUUGGCAUCUAGUCCUUGCCGUGGCUGCUGUCGGAUGUGAGCACUCGGAGCUCUGCUCGAUCCAGCUGAUGGCAAUGUUUGAGCACCUCGCGAUGCGUGCCAUCUCUCUCACAAUGACCCACUCGCCCAACAUUGAGUCCAUUUCCACUACCCAGAGCGUCUUGAUAUUCUCCCACUUGUUACUGUAUGAUGGUUCACAAGACCAUUUACUGUUCCUUCAGCAUCAUCGAUCCCUACUGGUCACCACGUGCCGGAAACUGGCAGCCAAACCGCCCGCAGUCGAUCCCGACCAAAGCCUUGAUAGCGCUUGGAAGCAAUGGGCCUUGCUUGAACAGGAGAGAAGAUAUGUCGCCACGGUCUGGAACUUUGAGUGUCUGCAAUACGUCACCUUCGACAUGCCCCCGACAAUGGACACCGGGGAGCUAACAAGUACCUUUCCAUGCCACGAACGCCUCUGGUCGUGCUCCACAGCUGCUGAGUGGCAGCAGGAGCUUGAGAAGGAUCACACAUCUCAGUCCAGCAUCGCAGCCGUAAUCUCGCAGGGCCCUGUGACCUCGACUGUCGUCAAGGAGCUCAGCGAUGCAGCGUUCUUACAAGUUCUACUCACAUUGCUAGUUGCUCACAAACGUUUGACAGAAACUUACGCAAUAUGGAUCAAGCCACGCAUCAACGCCAAUGAUCGCAGUGAUGGCUCGGUGAUUCACAAAUACCUGGAUGCGGACAUGGAACGCUUCGAAGAGAAUGCCCAUACGCGACCCCGCGGCGACUUUGAGGUCUCCUUCCACCUGAUGUCAAUCCUUCGUUUUACACCAUUCAGCAACCUUUGCAUUGCUUCGGGCUUGAGGCCUGGACGUCAGACUCAAAGCCAGGCGAUCCAUGAGCUGACAGGCAUUCUCUCCGGCGAUGAGGCCCGGGCUCGGAUCACAUUGCUCUAUGCUGGCAGGCUCUAUUCGCAUUUCCGAGCUGUGCGAAGCGUACCAAGAUGUGACCUCCAAGCCUUCCUCGCCGCCUCGUUGUACAUCUGGGCCUGGGUCAAACUGGUCGCUCCGGAGCGUGACGCGAGUGCCGAAGAGUCGCGGAGAGCUUCUCCGGGCGAAAGCAUCCGCGUCGAUCAAGGCUUCGAGUCGUCAUUGGCGCAGCGCUGGAUCACCCAUAGUACUGGCUGCAGACCACAGCUUGCUGGUGUCGGUGUCCUCUCUGGCCCCGAUGCUGCGGCGCGAGUGCUGAAGGAAGCGGCACGCAUUCUGAAGGCGAAGGCAGCCGCCAGCACACUCGGUCGAUCAAUGGCCGACCAGCUCGUUCGCAUCGUUCUUGGCGGAUGAACACAAGUGCGCGCCAUUGAGGCGAAGUACGUCGUCGUUGAAUAUCAUCAACAUCUCGAGGCUCUUGGCGCUUGUCAGAUGGAUGACCUGCAGGUAGCUAUAGCUCUUCCCUGCAGCUGCAGCUGUGGUCUCUGAUCGCAUCGCGGCCUUGGCUCUUGGCAUGUACUCUGAUGCAUUAGCGAGCAUGUCAGUAUUACGACCAAGACAUGGUCGCAACGGAUUCGAAGCGAUUGCAAGACGGGCUGCUGAAUUUAUCGGGCGAGACAGCAGCGAUGUUCGCCCAACUUUUGAGACUAGCGCGGUCAUCCUGGGUACCGCUCAAGCGCGUGAUGAGACGGGCGAGCAGGGUUUCUAUACAGGCGCUCAAUGAGCAUGCUCGAAAGCACCGGCCACUAUCAAAGCUACUCUUUAAUGGUCAGCGCUUGUAUAUGCACCCAAGCACCUAAUGCUCAACAUUCGGUCAUUUCAUCCGAACCACGCUCCGCGGGCAUCUGGACUGCAUUCUGCAGCCUCCCGGUGGCUGUUCCAUCCUGUAAAUUGCGAAUUACGGCAACCGUCGUAUUUGGGCUGGACUCUCACGCUGCAGAACUGCGUUGCAGAGCAUAGACUUUGCGACAUAUCUCGAGCAUAACAAGUGAGAUUCAUCCAGCUCUCACGAUUUCUCAUCAACAAAGUCGUCGAUCACAACCAAGGCACUGCCGGUCCAUCGAAUGGCAUCCUCUUGGCGUUCAUGAGUUCCAGUGGCUGACUCCCAAGCGUUGCUGACAAGACGGUACUGGCAACGAUCUGGGCUCUGGUCUAUCGUCACUCCGCGCGCUAGCGUGAGGAAUGCUUAGGGCCAAGGCGCGAGGCCCGUUUGAGACGCCAUUCCAAACUCUAUUCUAUCACGCCUACCCUAUAGGGUGGUCUUGGCCUCUGCAUCUGGUCGUUGUCCCAGCAAAGCCUACUUUCCACCAAACUGUAACCAGUCAGAUAGCGUCUUAGGCGGCAUUGGCAGCGUUGGGCGGCACUGGUCAUGGUGAGCGGCACGAUCCUGGCUGCCAUACUUCGACGUCGCCGUACUGGACCAUCCUCGUCGUUCUGCUGAUGUCUCGCCACAGACUCUGCGCCUAAGACGCCAAUUCUGUGGCAUGUCGAGGCUCCCGCCGGGUGUUGAGUCUUCCGCAUGAGACGGACUCACAUCAAAUGCAUUCCAUCGCGGCAAGCAUGCGGUGGUGAUGUUGUGCCCAGAAAUUCCAAAUGUAGCCAGUCCAU